AUGAGCAACCUUCUUUCUUUGAGGCUCGCAGGCUGGAGUAAAUCACGUGACCAGGGCGGCGCACAGAACCAGGCCGACCCGAGAAUCCCGCGGAGCCCCGAGGGAGGGAGCUACACUGGGCCGAGACAGAGGUCGGGGCCAUGCCCACGUCUUCCCUGGCUCCGCCCUGCCCUAACACUGCUGGCCUACUCGGCGCCGAGAACCGCCGCCUCGGCUUUUUCACAUAAGCUGAGGCGGCCCGACCCUGACGGCGGGGAUCCCCGCGCAGCAGCAGCAGCCCUGAAGGCGACCGUGACCGUGGCCUCCUGGGGGGCCUCCGCGCUCCCGGGGACGGCGUACCUGGAGGCCUGGCCGGCCCAACCCCACGAGGCGCGGCCCCUGCCCCCCGUGACCGUGGUGUCGUCGGCGCUCGUCACCCCCAUCGUGUCCACGCUCCCCAUCGUGUCCCACGCGACCGCCGAGACCUCGGCCGAGGCUGAGCGGGACGAGGCCGGGGGGCCCGACGGGGCGGGCGGGGAGCCGUCCGGGGCGGCCCCGCGCGGCGAGCACGCCUACCACCGCGCGCGGCUGGAGCCCAGGGCCGGCCUGGACGGGGUGGUAGCCGCGCUGCAGCGCAAGGUGCGGGGGCUGCAGCAGCGGCAGCGGCGGCACCGCGCGCGCCUGGGCGCCCUCGAGGGGCUGGUGCAGCAGCUGCGCCGGGACCACCUGCUGUCCCACGAGCGGCUGCGGCUGCUGGGCGCGGCAUGCCUGCCCGGGGUCCCCGCGCGCCCCGAGCCCACGGGUGCUGGCGCCGUGGCCAUAGUCUGCGGGGAGCAGCCCGCGGCCGCCGUGCUCUACACGCUGACGCCAGCCCACGACCCCUGAGCGCCUGGGGGGAGGGGGCUUCCGUGCCUCAGUGGCUCUUUUGGACUCAAUAAACUAACUUGAGAAAAA